CGAUUACGCGUUCAAAUAUCAACCUCCUCUCCAAUUCACAGCUGACGGCGACGUUUCUUCAAAACUGGAGUACUACUGGAGUAUAUCGACAAAAAACAAUAAAUUAUCGUACCGUGUGCGUUUUCGCACAUAGCUUAAAGGAAUAAUGAUUUGGGAGUGCGCGUUUGGCCCAGCAUUGUAUAAGUUUCACGAGAACACAUGGCUCACUUAUAAACCGGGAAAUUUGGAAAGAUGGAGCGACAAUUUGAUCACGUCGCUUGCAGCAAUUUGGUCGAUCAGUUUUUAUGUUUUUCCCUUCAUCCUCGUUCACAGGCGAAGUUAUUCGCUUGCCGAAAACGCUCAGUCGCUGGUUAAACUAGCUGCCAGUGCCGGUGCGAUUUUAAUCACUUCACUUGUCUUGCGUGGAUACGCACGAGCCAAUAAUCCUAAUUACGUUAGAUUUAUGCAGAGCAUCGCCAAUUUGAGUACAAAAGGAGAAACUGAUAAAAGAAGGGAACUUCUGCGAUAUGAUUUUGACUUUAAAGCCUGGCCAGUUGAUUGGGAACACUCGGCUUCACCACCACGGAAGUUAGCCAGUCUAGAUUGGACUUACAAGCGAGAUGGGAUAACGCUGCUCUUCUGCAAACUGAUAGCUUACGCUAUAGCUCAUACCGUCGCUCUCAAGCUUAUGUAUCCUGGAAGCAUGUCAUCUCUCAACUGGGCAAUGAGAACCACGCUACUCGAUAGCAGGAUAGGGCUGCUCGAAAUGAAUGGCAAACGUUACAAAUUAUUGUCAUCAGACAAAAACGAAAUCGACACGAUGUUCAUCGACGCUCGCAACAAAUCAGGAAACGGCGACAUUCUUGUUAUUACUUGUGAGGGCAAUUGCGGCUUUUAUGAAAUUGGAAUUGUUUGGACACCCCUCCAAAAAGGGUAUUCGGUACUUGGAUGGAACCAUCCUGGUUUUGGUGGAAGCACUGGUCAACCACUUCCGAUGCAAGAACAAGCUGCGAUUGAUUGCGUUAUAAAUUUUGCAAUAGAAAAGCUUAAUUUUCCUGUGGAGAAAAUAAUACUUUAUGGAUGGAGCAUUGGCGGAUACACUGCGACCUGGGCAGCUGCUAAUUAUCCAGAAAUUAAAAGCCUGGUUCUUGAUGCGACCUUCGAUGACGUUUUGCCACUUGCGAUCGAGCGAAUGCCAAAAUGGAUCGAAUGUAUUGUCAGAAUCGCCGUGAGGGAACAUCUGAAUCUCAACAUUGGCGAAUUGUUGAAUAAAUAUGACGGCCCAGUGUUAGUUGUAAGACGCACUGAUGACGAAAUAAUGGCCGGUCCAAAUUCUUCAAUUCUCUCUAAUCAAGGGAAUCCGCUUGUCGUUAAAUUAUUGAAACGACGGUAUCCCGAACUUUUUGUCGACUGUGACGAGUCUCAUAUUGCUCUCACGCAAUUUCUUGCACAGCCUCACGAUACGGAAAAUUCCAGCGUUCUAGCGAUUCCAAGUCCUCUCGAUGACGAUUGUAUUGAGGAAUUGAAAUUGGCUUUGGAAAACGCUACUACAGAUAAGAUUCCUUUGUAUCCGUCACGCGUAGGUCUUAAUUUAAACAAUAGAAAAAAAAUCAACCUUGUCAAAUUCUUGGUACGUAAAUAUAUGGAGGAUCAAGCAUCUCAGCAUUGUCAGCCCCUCGCCGCAGAAUUAUUUCACCACGGCUGGAAUUUAAAAUCUAUAUUAGAAUUCCGACCUCAAUCAACAUAAUGGAGCUCGAAUAAAUGAUAAAAAAAAAACCAACAUUAGGUGAUAAAAUGGAAUAUUUCUCGAAAGAUUUCUUUUUUAAGAAAACAAAUCUUGAGACGCGCGAAAAGGAAAAGAUGGAGUUAAAGCUAACGAGGACACAUCAGAUCCUCGAGCCAAAAUAAAUAAAUUAUAAAAAAAAAGGAACACGACAGUUUAAAAAAUAAAUGUAUGCGAUCAUUUUCGUUGGUAAAAGUAUGUAUUUUAUAUAAUGCAUAGCAAAAAAAUAAUCUUUCAAUAUCGCAACAUACGCAUACACAUACACACACAAAAGAAUGGACACCGUAGCUCUGAAAUUUCAACAGAAUUUAUCCUUUUCGCGAAAAUUGUAAAUGGAACUUGUUGUUCAUCCGAAUUUUUUCAAAUUUGACGUUGGGAUCAUAAAUAAAUAUAUAUGUUUAUGUACAUAUAUUUGGAAUGGAA